UUUCCCCUGGAAUAACUAUGUACAUAAUCUGAAAAUAGACUUUCAUAGAUCAAUAACAUAACCCUGUCCGUUGGUUAUCCGUCGUGGCUACAAUCACGCCCCUUCACCCCUAAAAUAUAGAAUGGUGUCAACGUAUAUUUUUUCCGCCUAACAGAAGUUCCUCUGGAAACUUUGUUAUAAACAAUGUCAUAAAAUAUAUAUGUUCCUGUUGGAACAUGGAAAUAAUAUUACCGAAUAUUUCUUCCACUUGGUCUUGGAACAUAUAUUAUGAAGGAACUUCUAUUUCGUGACAAUGGAAGCCCAAAAAUUUCACAAAUUAUGCAUCAUUGACAUUGAAAUUUGGGAAAAUAUCUGUCAUCUGAAUUUGAUAAUUUGAUUUGAAUUAUUCUUUUCUGUGUUAUCCAAUAAUUUUGUCAGUUGGAUAUAAGAUUUCGACUAUUGGAAUAUGUCUGGGAUAAGCCAGUAUAAUUUAUAUGGGGACAAAGUCCCAAAUUACGGUAGAAAAAUCAACAACAAAAAAAAUCAAUCUACUAAUGAACUCAAAAUCGUUAACUUUCUUUUUUCAGACUUAUUAUUUUCCCACAUUUGCGCAGACAUCUCUUUCUUUCUUCUGGUCUCUUUUGUCCAGAGACUUGUAAAAUAUUGCAAGGAGCAUCAUAUUGUUUCCCGUAAAUUUGUUGUUUUUGAUAAUUCCUUGAUAUGAAAAAAAAAAGUUACCUAAUGAUAGCGUUUCUUUGUUUAUAUUGAAAAUGACGUCACAAUAAAAAUCCCUAACAACAGGACCAUCAUCAGAAACGUUUCCGUAUUUCUGUUUCUUUUUUAACAGAUUCUGAACUAAAAUUUGCUUGAAUUAAAACAAAUAAUGUAUACAGACUUCGUCCCCUUUCACAGGUAACGCCUGCCUCACAUUAGACAGAAAUGUGUGAAAAUUUGAGUUUUUACAAAUGAUAUAAUUUCAACAAUAUGUCCAACUUUCAAAGAUUGACCUUUUUGGUCAGUACUUCAAGUACUAUAUAUAAAUGGAGCCAAUACUAAGAGAAAAACAAUUGCAUUUCAUUUCUGGAUAAUAUCUUAACCCUUAGAGUGCUACGUUUUUUGUUGUUGUUAAAAUACCGUUGAGUGCCAUGUGAUAGGCCCUAGAUUUGAAAUUUGAACGGAAAAGGUCAUAAAGAAGUGUAACAAUGCACAAAUGCCAUGCAAUAUAUUGUUUCCGUAUGGAAACCAUUCUGUUUCGACAAUUGGCGUUUGUCAGUUAGAUUUCUUAAGGUAACAGGUUCAUAAAUGGGCAAUACAACAGAUUUUUUAAAGAAAUUUUGAAGGCAAAUUGAUCCAUUAAAACCGCAGAUAAAUAUUCAUAAAGUAUGCAAGAAGAAAUUCGACCUUCAAAGAUAAAGGAAUCAGAAUAUUCUAUAAAACGUAGUACAAGUAUAUAUAUUGAUGCACAUAAAUACCGCAAACACUAUUGAAUAAUUUGAUUUUAAAUUGACUUUUCUUCAAGACAUGUACAGCAAAUUUUCUUUUAAAAAAUAUAUUUCAUUGUCACUUAAAUUUCCGUUUUGUUGAUUAUAUAAAAUUUACAGGGGCUACCAAAUUCAUUUUUGUUGUAUGCAUCGAUCUUUCAAAUGCAUAUGUUUCAUCCUAUACAUGAUUUUGCCACAGCGUUUUCAGUUUCUCUUUGAACUCUUUGAAUGUUUUGGGUGUUCUUUUGGUACCUUCCACAUCUUUUUCAAAGUCAAAGUUGCUGAAUUUCUUGCAAUAUUUACAAGUAUUCUAUACUUUCGUACCUCAGAUUUUCAAAUAUCUAAUUUGCUAUACAUAUCGGAGAGUAAAUAGCUACAUAUAUCAUUUUUCUAUACUGAUAGGUGUCUGUCUGUUGACUCUGACCUUGUGCAUCUUGUGUUAUCUUGAUGAAUAAAAUAUUUGCCACUGGACAUUAAGUAGCCAAGAAUCAAGUAGUUAAUCCAUAAUUUCACAAACAUUUGUACUUUGGAUAGACUUUUAAACAUCUAAUGUUUAAUUUUUCUGUUCUUUUUUUGUGAAAUUGUUUUUUUUUGUUCAUGUUGUUUAUUGUUAAACUCAGGACACCAAGAUCAAAAUUAGAUUUGCCACUUCUAUGUUGUGAAAAUAUUUUUUUAAGGUAUGAGUGAAAACCAUUGCAGUCACAGUGAUCAUUAUUUUUGUUUAGCACGGUUGUCACACGUUUGUUUUUUUUUUUAGUGUUUUGCAAAAAGUAUUCGUCAUCUACGAUCUUUUGCUAAAUCAAAUGAAAACACAUUUUAUAAAGUAUUAUUUUGAAUGCAUAUAUAAUAAUGUAUGGUUAGAUUGUAACAAACUAAGAGUUGAAAAAAAAAAAUUGUUUGUAGUGUAUUUGUCUAUUUGAUCAUAACGUUGUUUUCUUUCGUUUUAUCAUGAUGUUGUCAUGUAUAAUUAUAUAUUUAUUUUAACUGUACAACAAAUUUCCUGACAAAAAUAAUAAUUGUGUUUAUAUCAUUAGUAGAGGAAAACGCUUCUCAUAAAAAAUAUAAUCAAACAGCAAAUAUGACAAUUUUCUUUCUAUUGGUACCAAGUUGAUUAAAUUCCAGCCAGAACUGAUCCCACAAUAUUUUUUGGAAAAUACAGUUUUAAGGGAAAUAUAUGACAAAAAAAAACUACAUAGGUGAUGAAUAUUCAUUGCAUAUCAUUGUAAAUGUAAUCGGAACAUGCUUCAUUGUUAUCUUUGUGCCACUUUGUCUGUAAGUAUUGUUUGUUUUGUUUAGCUGAUGAGAGAUUUUAUAUAACCUCAUAUGCAUUCAAUAAAGUUAAAGAGAAAAAAGAAAACCCGACGAAAUUUAUCAAAUUCAAGUUACGGCAUUGAACACACAUUUUCAAUAGUUGAUACAGGUAAUUUUUUUUGAAAGUUACUAAUGUUAAAUGUUUAUUUUAGUAAUCCGCACUCUAGCAUUAUGAAUUGUUCAUUAUUACGUAACUUCAAAAUUCUGUUGGCCUUUGGGCCUCACCAGUGGUACUCAAAGAUAGUGUUAUUGAAUAGGUCUGAUAGGCCGUAUGGCAGAGAAAAGGUUAAGUAUAAAUAAGAAGAUGUGGUAUGAGUGCCAAUGAGACAACUCUCCAUCCAAAUCAGACUUUUAACAAUAUUAGGUGAUAUUGCAGCUUAGGAUGAAAAGAACUUCUAGUAUUGAUUUUGAGAUAAUUUGGGCAAAGGUCAAGUAACAACAGCAUCUAACAUGUCUAACAGACCAUAACUUGGUCAACUAUUUGUUUUCCAACUUUUGAAAUAAACUGUCAGGAGACAGAAAAUCCAAACAAUACGAAAGCACCUGACACAAAUGUAUAAAAGAUUGCCAAAUAUACCAAAAGAAAAUAAAAGAUUGAAAGACAAAUAUAGUCCAAAACAAUGAAUGAAAACUUAAGUCUGAGUAACAUAACCUCCCACAUUACCCAAGAUAAACCUGCAGUUCCUGCAUCACUAGUGGUUCUACAUAAGUUGUAACAAAGAAUGAAAACUUAAGUCUGAGUAACAUAACCUCCCACAUUACCCAAGAUGAACCUGCAGUUCCUGCAUCACUAGUGGUUCUACAUAAGUUGUAACAAGGAAUGAAAACUUAAGUCUGAGUAACAUAACCUCCCACAUUACCCAAGAUGAACCUGCAGUUCCUGCAUCACUAGUGGUUCUACAUAAGUUGUAACAAGGAAUGAAAACUUAAGUCUGAGUAACAUAACCUCCCACAUUACCCAAGAUGAACCUGCAGUUCCUGCAUCACUAGUGGUUCUACAUAAGUUGUAACAAGGAAUGAAAACUUAAGUCUGAGUAACAUAACCCCCUUCAUUACCCAACAUGAACUUGCAGUUCCUGCAUCACUAGUGGUUCUACAUAAGUUGUAACAAGGAAUGGAGGACAGAGAAUUAUGACAACUAUGGAAGAAUAUAGAGACCUUCAGGAAAAGUUUGUAGCCAACCACACAGGAACCAGUGUAUUAGAAAUUUCAGUUGUUUUAUCAGUUCCAGUUGUGUCUGUAUUUCUUAGAAGAGCUUUACUGUUAGCCUUUCAUAUUCAUGCACAGUUUUCAUUGGGCCAGUCAAGUGUUUGGAGGAUUUUUAUGAUUGACUUUUUGUGUUUGGUGCUGCCAACACUCUUGUCAGCUACCACUCAUUCAGAAAGUCUUUAUUUCCUAUUCUCUUCUGUACUGGUGGUAGCAAGUGGUUCCAUCAUUUUGCAGUGUUACAGAAUUCCAGGUUUAACAUGGAAACAUGCAAAGACAAGAGUGAAAGACUUCCCAGCAAUCGAAAUAAAUGACAGGUUUCAGUUCAUAUCCAAUUUUAAAGCCUACACUUUGAUAGGAACAGUGAUUUCAAUAUUAGCCGUAGAUUUUACAGUCUUUCCUAGAAGAUUCUGUAAAACUGAGACUUAUGGCACAGGAUUAAUGGAUGCUGGUGUUGGGUUGUUUGUUGUUUCCAAUGCAGUUGUGUCUCCUGAGGCACGAAACAAAAUGACACAAGGUCAGAAUAGGUUUUCCCAAGUCUAUAAGUCUAUCAUAUCAAGCCUUCCAUUAUUAGUAUUAGGAUUAGCUAGAGUUAUAACGACCAAAGGAGUGAACUACCAGGAACAUGCAACAGAAUAUGGUACACAUUGGAAUUUCUUCUUUACUUUAGCAACUGUCAAGAUAUUAGCCAGUAUUUUAAGUUUUCUACUAUCAGUAGUGUAUUGGAAGUUUGUUGUGAUUUUAUUGUGUGUUGUACAUCAAUAUUUACUGACAUACAGAGGCCUGAGCCAGUACAUUAUACAGGGCAUAGAUGGCCAUGGUGGAAGACACGGAAUAUUAGACAGUAAUAGAGAAGGCAUCAUUUCAAGUGUGGGUUAUUUCAUCAUGUACUUGUUUGGGGUUGAGAUAGGAAGAUUAGUUUUUAAAAAGGAAAGGAAAACAGUAUCAGAUUAUAUGAAUCUGUUAGGAGUAUUAGUUAUAUCAGCAGGAUCUUUAUUUACUGUAUUACCAUACCUGACACAGAUUGAACCUAUAUCAAGGAGAUUUACUAAUGUACCUUAUGUUAUAUGGAUGAUUGGAAUAUGUUUACAGCUAAUGGCUUCUUAUUUGUUAAUAGAUUUGAUUUUCCUCUUUCUCAAAAGUUUACAAAAUAAAAAAGAAAAAGGUAUAAAAGAAGAUAAAGUAUUGUACAGUUUAAUAGAUGCUGUGAACUACAAUGGCUUGUUAUACUUUCUGAUAGCCAAUUUAUUGACAGGGAUAAUUAACCUGAGUAUAAAAACUAUUUUGGUGCCACCAAUUUACAGUGUUAUUAUUAUUGUUAUUUAUAUGAUUAUAUUAUCAGUCGUAUCAUUUAUUUUAUAUGUAAACAAUGUUAAAAUGAAAUUCUGGUAACAAUAUAUAUGGUUCCUAGUGACUUGACUUGCAGACUUAAAGAUAAUCAUUUAGUUUUGAUAAGGUUGUUAAAACUGUUAUAAAUACUAGUGACAGACUAUGGAAAACAUAUUUGUAUAGGAGUCAGGACUGUAGUUUAUGUUUUGUCUCCUAAGGCAAAAAUAGUUCGUCUGUUAUAAGUGAUUUAUACAAAAGAGUUAGCAACUGGCAAUAUCAAUAAAAAAAUAAAGAUGACCGAAUUUUUAGAGAGAAGACAAGCAUAAAAUUGUUUAUGGGGAUUUUUUUUCUCCAAAAUUACAUGAAUAUAAAUUCUAAAUUCAAAAGUAGCAGUUGGGCUUAGUGUUUCUUAGAAUGAUUAAAAAACAAUUUAAACUGAUGUCUGUAUCAUUUGUUCUCUUUUAAAUAUGUCACAAGAAAGAAACUGUUGGGCACUUUAUAGAACUCCUAUGUUCUAAAACAAUUCAAUCAUUGCCAAUCACGGUAACUUAUUUUUCAAAGUUGUGGGAUAGGUGCAAUAGAAUGAGAAUGAAUAAUUGUAGUAGCUUUCACUUAAUUUUUGUUUUGUUUACAAAAGCAUAAACUAUGUUUUGAUUCUUACUGUAUUGAUCAAUCACUUUAAUGUCUAGAAAAUUAAUUUCAAUUGACAGAGAAUUUGAAUUUACUUUUUUCUGAUGUGUGAACUUUCUUGUAUGACAUUAAACGAUUACUCAAAACCACAAAAAGUACCAGGCUGAGUAUUCUGCACAGUAACAUGCUUUGAUAUUUAGUGGUUGUACCUUUGCCCUGUUUUGAUUAUCUGACUACCAAGCAUGUAUAGUUGUAUACAUAUUAUAUACUUACUUCUAUUGCAGUAUAUAUUAGUAAUUUAGUAAGAUGCAAACUAUGGAGGGCCUUAUCUAUAAAAUAUUAAAUACAAUAUAAGGUGAAAUAAUGUUUGAGCUCAACCUAAAAAAACUGUGGCUUUUUUGUUAAGAUUUAACAUUAAUUUUAGUUUUAAGGUUAAACAAAUUAAUUUAACUAAAUUGUUUUUUUGUGCAAUGUUUUAUGUCUGUGAUCAUUCCAAUUUGUAAUUUUGUAAUAAAAGUGAAAAGUAACUACAUAUUUUUC